UAGCGAAUUCUUGUCGGGCGGAAACGAGACCGUUUUAUAAGUACGCCCGUUUCGGCCUUCCUCGAUCCGCAUCGACCUCGUCAUCCUUUUCUCGAUCUCGACUACGGGCGAUGGCGGCGGCGGCGGCGGCGGCGGCGGCGGGGGGCGGAGCGGCGAGGGAGAAUCGCUUCCGCGGCGUGCGGAAGCGGCCGUGGGGGCGUUUCGCAGCCGAGAUCCGGGACCCGUGGAAGAAGACGCGCAAGUGGCUGGGGACCUUCGACACGGCGGAGGAGGCGGCGCGGGCGUACGACGAGGCCGCCCGCAGCCUGCGCGGGCCCAAGGCGAAGACCAACUUCGGCCUCGACGGGGAGAUCGGGGCGCCUCCGCAGAUUAGGUCGUGGAUGACGCCGCGGUGGCGAUCGGGCGCCGCGUCGUCGCCGGCGGGGGGUGACGGGAGGGGCCUGCCGCUGGGGCCUCCGCAUCAGCCUGCGGGCGGCGGAUCGGGGCGACCCGAGUGGCGGUUGGAGGCCGUCGAGGCGGCAGCGUGGGCGGAGCCGGAGAAAAAUAGCCCCGCCGCGGCGGCGGCGGAGGCGAGGCAGACGCCGCCUUUUGCGUUCGAUCUUAAUCUUCCGGCAGAUCCUUGGUUCUAAUACAGAGAUCCGACGGCCGGAUGCCACUGUCACAGCUUUUAGUUCCGUUACCUCUUACUUUCUUUUCUUCGAAAGCCGAUCUCGGCUCUGUACCCAGCGGCCGAUGAGAAGAAGAGCUAGUUGUAGUUGUUUAAUGCACACCACGCGCGUGCAGAACCGGCAGUGGCCGGCAACACAGUUCCCCAUCAAAUGAAGCGGACUUAAAUGCC